GUCGAGGGGCGUGGCCGCGCGGCUUGGCUCUCGGUUCCACCAUGGCUGUCACACCGGGUGCUGUUCAGCUGCAGCGUUGUGUGGUGUCGCCGACCGGGAGACACACUGCUUCGCUGAUUUUCCUGCACGGCUCAGGUCAUUCUGGCCAAGGACAGAGAGAGUGGAUCAGCAAUGUGCUAAACCAGGACUUAACAUUCCAGCACAUAAAGAUUAUUUACCCAACGGCCCCCUCCAGGCCAUAUACUCCUAUGAAGGGAGGGCUCUCCAAUGUGUGGUUUGACAGAUUUAAAAUAUCUAAUGACAGCCCGGAACACCUGGAGUCAAUUGAUAGAAUGUGUCAAGUGCUCACUGAAUUGAUUGAUGAUGAAGUAAAAAAUGGCAUCCAGAAGAGCAGGAUAUUAGUAGGGGGAUUUUCUAUGGGAGGCUGCAUGGCAAUACAUCUUGCAUAUAGAAAUCACCGAGAUGUGGCAGGAGUAUUUGCUCUUUCUAGUUUUCUGAAUAAAGAGUCUGCUGUUUACAAGGAUCUCCAGCACAGGGACGGCACGCUGCCUGAGCUUUUCCAGUGUCACGGCACCGCAGACGAGCUGGUUCUUCACUCUUGGGGCCAGGAGACAAACUCAAACCUGAAAUCUCUAGGAGUGAGCACAGUGUUUCACAGUUUCCCAGAUCUCUACCAUGAGCUGAACAGAACUGAGCUGCAGAGGCUGAAGUCAUGGAUUCUUACAAAGCUCCCAGGAGAGACUGACGGCCAGAAUAAAUGAAUCCUCACUGGCAUAUUGAUUAUUAUCUUACAUUUAAGAAAUUUUUUCCUUAGUUGAUCCUCACAAAAAUUAUCAUGGUGGCAUAGCCAACACUCCCAUAACACAUGAAUGGAGUUUAUGAUAAUCUGUUUUAAUUCAACAAAAUUGUCUUAAGAAUCAUCAUGUUGUAAAUGCCACCUGUUUAUUUUGUGGCUGUAUAGAUGUCAUUUUAUGAACACACUGCAAUUUACUGGUCCAUUCACCACAGGUUUGGGUCACUUCCUGUGUGGGGCUGUCAUAAAUAGGGCUAUUGUAAGGUGUAAGCAUCCACCCUUACAACAGAGAGGCUGGGUGAUAUACUCUAUCUAUCAUUACCUGAAACCAUCUAGCUGUUUGAAUGUAAUUUUACCAUUUUCCACUCUAGUCAGUGUGAUAGCUCCUGAUGCCCAGUUCUUUACCAUACUUUCAUUUUGACCAUUCUAGUGGCUGCAUAGUGUUUGAUUUCCAUAGUGUUUCAUUUCCAUUAUGCAGGUUUGAUUUCCAUUUUCUUGGUGCCUAUAAUGUGAUACAUAGUCCUACCCUGGGGGAUUUUCCCACAUUUGUGAAGAAUCAGUUUAUCUUCCCCAAUUUGUUUCCAGAUUGUUUUUGUGAAAGGUGGUUUACAAUCAAGUUAUAAUGACAAAAUAUGAAUAAAUAAUUUACUGACUCAUAGAUUUACUUAUUAAAAUGUCUAGUUCUAUAAGGAGUAAUAUCUUAUUAAAGGUAGAAUUAAUUGAGAUCACUAUCUGACAUUGUUUUUUAGAUGAAUUGUUAUAAACACUUAAAGAUCUUUAAGUAUUUUAAAAUAAGCAUACAAAAUAAUAGGUCUUUUCAUGGUUUUCACACACAUGUAUUGUACUUGCUCACAUUUUUCCCUCAUAAACCUCCCUGCACCUCCUCCCACUGGUCCACUUAGUCAUGUCAAAUCAUCCCUUCUGCUUUCUUUUCAUGUACGUGUGUGCGCGCGCGUGCGCGCGCGUGCGCGCGUGUGCGCUUCACAUGAGAGAACACAGGAUAAUGUAACACUUGUCUUUUUCCCUCCUCUCUAGUUGCCCACCCCACACAGUCCUCUUCCACUCUUGGAUGGGUAUGUAUAUAAAUCUAGAUUCUUCAUACAAGAGAACAUGUGAUAGUUUGCACGUCAGGCUUAUUUAAUGUAAUCUCCACCUCUGAUUGCUUUAUUGGAAAUUAGUAUUCCUCAUGACAUCUGUAUAAUACACUCUCUUUGUAUAACAUCUGUAUAAUACAUUCUCUUUGUCCUUUUAUCCAUCAAGGCUUCUGCACUGGCUCUAGGUCUUUGAAUACUGUACCUAGUGUACAAUCUGCAUGGAUAUGCAGCUACCUCUGCUGAUGAUGUAGAUUCCCUCGGGCAUAUACCCAGAGUGGUAUGUCUGGAGCAGGUGGUAGUUCUAGGCUUAGUUUCCUGAGGAGCCUCCAUGUUGAUUUCCAUAGUGGCUGCACUAGUUCACAUUCCAUCCAGGAGUGUUUACAUGCUUGCCAGCAUCUGUUGUCAUUUCUUUUCUUGAUGGCAGCCAUCCUUACUUAGGGGAGAUGGAAUCUCAAUGUUAUUGCGAUUUCACUGUAGCCUUUUCAUCCAGAAGGGUUGGCGAUGGGGGAGGCAAGGCUUUUUGUGGAUCUUCAUCUGUUCCAUUUAAUAAGCAAGCCAUUUGAAUCCUUUCCAUCAGUCACUGAUCGAGAGCUGGAUCUUUCCAGUGGGGCCAUAGGAUAGUCCCAGUUCUGGGGUCCGGUGCUCAGGGUCAGCAUGAACCCAGUAGUAAAUAAAUAGCUCCUUUCAAAAGUAGAGGUGACCGCUGCGUUAGGGAAUCGGGGUCCAAACUCUAUGGGCUUCCAAGUGGAAGCCACCUCCCUUUGCCAUAUUGACAACCUCAGUUGCAGAGCUUUGUGACUCAAGGGAUCCUUGCAGAUGUGAAGACACUGAGGUCUCAACACUCUUCUGUACCUGUGUCAUCUCAAUCAGGAGCAUCACUUUGGCUGCUCACAUCAUUCUCAGUACAGUCAUAUAAAACAUGAGUAGCAUUUAUAACUUUAGCAGCAGAAUCCAAAACAACAGCAUUGACUCAAUACAGGCACAUCUACCCUCUUCUCUUCUCCAUUGUGAACCUACCACAACCCUAGCAGUCAAAUAUGGGAGUACCAUCACCCCGUGGAAUUAUGGGACAACAGCAACUCAGGU